GGAUGCUGUAUUGACGAGCAGUCGCGUUCCGACCAUGGACAACUUCGGGUAUCGCGAGAUGAGUUGGCAGAGCCCGCCUACUACGCGAACAUCGCAAAGAAGCAAUCUCAGUAGAAGCUUCAGCUCCCGAACCAGAGAUUCCGAAGAGUUCCCCCUUAACGUCAGAUAUAAACAUGUACGGAACAUCGACCUACUCGAAUCAGCUAGAGACGCUAACUCCACAAAGGAUUAUCUGUUUGUCGGCCCUUCACCACCCGCUGAAAAUGCCCCAAACAUGCACCAAAGUUUUGACGUGCUCGCCCCAGAUUUGGAAGCACGUUUAACAGAAGAAGCCAUAAGAAGAGGACUCUGCGAAAGAGCUGUUACUUUAGGCGCUGGAAGAUUUUUCGAUGACAUGGAAUGUGGAUUGAUUACUACAGAAAAUAUUGAAGAACACAUCAGCUCUGCGCCAGAAGCUGUUAUCAAUUUAGCUUUAUUAUGGGCGACAUUUUUGGCACGUGAUGAACUUUUACCGGUUAUUUUGAAUGCUGGAGCCGACAUACACUAUGCAGAACCAGCUGGACUUUCAGCGUUACAUUUAGCCGCUUUCAGUGGAGCGAAAAAUGCUGCCUUAUAUUUGCUCUCCCGUGGGGCCGAUGUAGAUUAUGCUCCAAAAUAUUUCACGCCCCUACAUUGUGCCGCUUUUGGAAAUUCUGUUGAAGUAGCCGAAAUACUGAUUGCGAGUGAAGCAUCUCUCCACGCUGUAGUGCAAAGGGCUGGCUGUGAAGAUAAUCUAGUUCAUUGUGCAGUGAGAUCAGAUGCCGUUGAAUGUAUGGAUUUGUUCAUAAGCUCAGGUGUUGAUCCGGGUUAUGUGACUUCAGGAGGAUUAAAUGCGUUACAUUUAGCUGCAGAGCUCGGAUCAGUGCGUUGUCUUGGGUAUUUACUUAAGGAAACUAAGAUAAGUGUAAAUGGACUUACUAAACAAAGGGACAAAGAAUGUACCGCUUUGCAUUUAGCAGCGGCUCGUGGGUACGCGGAAUGUGUGGAACUCCUUUUGGCCGAAGGUGCAAAAGCGAAUACAAUCAAUCACAGAGGUUUCACAGCGCUACAUCUGGCAGCCAGAUGCUCUAGUCUGGAAUGUGUGGAAGCUUUACUAAGAGACGGUAAUGCAGAUCCUAAUAUUGAAGACUCUGAUAAAAGGACACCACUACAUGCUGCGAUAUGUGGUUCUGAGCGUGCUUCGGAUAUAAUUGACAUGCUCGUGAGUUGGGGAGCACAGGUAAAUAAAAAAGAUGUUUACGGAUACUCCCCUCUACAUCUAGCUGCUAUAGACGGGUUGACGCCAUGUGUUGAAACAUUGAUAUUUUUAGGCGCUGAUGUAACAUCAAAAUCAAAGAAAGGACAUACUGCCUUAAGUGUUAUUGCUAGGAAAACGCCUAAAUCUCUGGCUAUCCUGCGACACAACUUAGACAGUGGAAUAUCCAUAAGUCGACCGACCGAAGCAAAUGAAGAAGUACAAAUAGAAUUCGAUUUCGGCAAACUGUUAAAAUUUUCUUACCCCCGAGAAAUAACUUAUUUGAAUAGCUUAAUUGAUGAAGGUCAAAAAGACAUAUUAUUACAUCCACUGUGCUCGGCAUUUCUGUUCAUGAAGUGGCGAAAGAUCAGAAAAUUUUACCUGGCGAGGCUUAUCUUUUGUUUCUUGUUUGUAUCAUUUCUAUCAAUUUACGUCUUGACGACAGUUGUGAAAACAUGCAAAGGAAAAUAUUCAGUGAAAUAUGGAGUUCCGAAUGAAUUGUGCCAAAAACAAUCGCUUCUUGGCGUUAUGUUGAAGAAGAACCCCAUAGAAUUUGAAAGGUGGAUCCUAAUAGCUAUCACUGCAUUUGAAAUUGUGCGAAAGUUGACUGGUAUUACUGGGUAUUCAAGUAUGCACCAAUAUUUCACGACUUUUGAAAAUUUGAUGGAGUGGUUUGUUCUAUUAUCUGUAUUUUCGCUGUAUGACAUAAACGAUGACUACAGUUGGCAGAACCAUGUUGGCGGGUACGCAGUGUUAGGAGCGUGGACAAACCUUAUGUUACUAAUGGGCCAGCUUCCAAUGUUCGGCGAUUACGUAGCGAUGUAUCAGAAAGUAUUGACUGAAUUCUUAAAACUACUCUUAGCUUACGUUUGCGUACUUCUCGGUUUCACUAUAUGCUUCUGUGUAGUAUUUCCAAACGAGGAAAUGUUUUCAAAUCCUCUGAUGGGUUUUAUUUCCACACUAUCGAUGAUGGUAGGAGAGUUGAACUUGAGUAUUCUCAUCAAUGACCCUAUAAAACAAGAUGAUCCACCACUUUUAUUUGAAAUAUCAUCACAAAUUAUUUUCAUCCUGUUCCUUAUGUUUGUCACUAUUAUCUUGAUGAAUUUGCUUGUCGGUAUCGCGGUACACGACAUUCAAGGUCUUCGCAAAACUGCUGGUUUAUCGAAAUUGGUAAGGCAAACAAAGCUAAUAUUGUUCGUAGAAAUGGGUAUGUUCAGUGCUGUGCUGCCGAAAUGUCUUCACAAAUACGUUUACAGAACGGCAUUAGUGUCACCUGAAGCUGGGAAAGUAAUACUUAUUGUGAAGCCAUUGAAUCCUCGAGAGAAAAGGUUGCCUACCGACAUAAUGAUGGCGGCUUACGAACUAGCACAGCUAAACAAAAUUAAAUCUGGAGGAUCGGUGAAGGAAAUUUUGCAUAAGAACAGAUAUUCAUCCAAAUUUAAGAACGAACCAAAGACACAAGACACGACGAUGAAUAUAGAAAUAAGAGGAAUGCAAGAGAAGAUUGACCAGACGACGUUUAAUUUGAAGAAGAUAGAUCAAGAAAUGAGGCAUUUGAACACAUUGCUGAUGGAACAACAGCAUUUGCUCCAAACAUUAGUUAAGUUCCAUGACCCCAGUAUACAUAGAUCUAGUCACGCGACUACACCAUAUAACGAUUCACCUGUAUUCUUUCCAAAUAAUGAGGUCUCUAGAUAUCAGUAAGACUUGUUUAUAAAUAACAUGGUUAUCUAGACGUGUUAAUGUUUUCUCCGAAGUUGAAGAUAAUAACUGCUGUUUAAUUAACUGUCAGGGUAUUUUGUGAUGUGAUCAUGUAUUAUUUGUUUUAGGCUAAAUCUUGAUUUGAUGUGUAUUGUUUAUAAAAGAUUAAAAGAUGCUCAUGUUAUGUGAUAACGAAACUGAAAAAUAAAAAAUUACGGUGCAAUUUUUACAUUUUUAUACGUGUCGUCCAAUAUUUUGCCUGUUUUGUUCCUUUUUUUCUAAAAUAUUCUCUCAUUCACUACCAUUUUCCUUUUAUGUCCAAGAUUAAAUUAAAAUUUUGUUUUGUUAAAAACCUUAUCAUCAUUUUACUGCUCAAAAGUUAAUCAUAAAUUUAUUGAGGAAAUAAAAAUGAGGAAAAACGUUGCAAUAAUAAAUAAUAUAAGGAGAAAAUUACGAUUAUUGUGUUUUGCAAACCACUCGUUUUGUUCAUUUAAAUCCGUGGGAUUUGUUCCGUAAAUGUACACCUAUAAAGGUACCAAUGUAUAUAAAGGUAUAUGUUUGUAUUUUGUUUAAAUACAUAAGGAUUUUUUUAAAGUAAAUAAAUCAUUACUUAUCUUAUC